GGCUUUGAGUGGAGAGAACACAGCCUCUGCUGGGACAGGGAACAGAGGGAUGAGGAGACCCUGAAGAUGCUUCUGGACGGUUGUCUAAGGUUGGGACAGUGGCAGGAGAUACCAUUCACCCGGAAUCUCCAGGACAAGAGAUCAGCCUGGCAGUUACAUGUGUUUUUCUUCAAACUGGUUGCCAGGUUGCAAUGACUAAUGACAUCAGAGAUUCCGACCUUCCUGAUUGGAAGGAGUGGACUCCGUCGGCGCCUGGACCUCAGGUGGAUAACAGUUAUCUUCUCAGAGCUGUUCUCCACUCCUGACUUCUCCCAGCCUUGAGAAUUGAUAACAUACUCUUCUGGAUCCUAGCAGUGUCCAGAAGAAGGCCAUGGACAGAACAGAGACUAGGUUCCGCAAGAGGGGACAGAUUAUGAGAAAGAUCACAACCAGCCAUCAACCGCACCCCCCGGACGAGCAGAGCCCCCAGCAGAGCACCUCGGGGUACCCCCUCCAGGAGGUGGUGGAUGAUGAAGUGCCAGGACCAUCAGCCCCUGGGGUAGAUCCCAGCCCCCCACGUAGGUCCCUUUGCUGGCAAAGGAAGAGGGAGUGGUUGGACGAAUUCGAGGAGGAGCCAGAGAGGGAGCUUGCCCCUGAGCCUGAGGAGACCUGGGUGGUGGAGACGCUGUGUGGGCUCAAGAUGAAGCUGAAGCAACAGCGAGUGUCACCUGUGCUCCCUGAGCACCACGAGGACUUCAACAGGCUGCUUGAGGAUCCUGUCAUUAAAAGAUUCCUGGCCUGGGACAAAGAUCUGAGGGUGUCGGACAAGUAUCUCCUGGCUAUGGUCAUAGCGUAUUUUAGCCGGGCCGGCCUCCCCUCCUGGCAAUACCAACGCAUUCAUUUCUUCCUGGCUCUCUACCUGGCCAAUGACAUGGAGGAGGACGACCAGGCCUCCAAACAAAACAUCUUCUACUUCCUGUACGGGAAGACCCGCUCUCACGUACCCUUGUUCCAUAAGCGUCGGUUCCGGUUAUGCCGUUCCAUGAACUGGAGGGCCAGGAAGAACCGCUCUCAGAUAGCCUUGUUCCAGGAGCUUCGGUUCCAGUUCUUCUGUUCCAUGCGCUGCAGGGCUUGGGUUUCCCCGGAGGAGUUGGAGGAGAUCCAGGCUUAUGAUCCAGAGCACUGGGUGUGGGCACGAGAUCGUGCCCGCCUUUCCUAGAGCUCCAGGGACCAUGGAGGCCUGAGGUCAUCGGCCUAAGAGAAGGUACAUCUGCAUCCUCCGGGGUAAAGGCGUAAUAUUGGGGUCUAUUUCGGAAAUCUGAGGAACCCAAUUGCUUGAUCCGGCUUCAAGCCUGGGCAACGU